AUGGGAACUCCUGGAUCAGGAAGGAAAAGAACUCCUGUGAAAGAUAGAUUUUCUGCAGAAGAUGAAGCUUUGGGUCAUAUUGCUAGAGAGGUUAGUAAAACUGCUAUCUUACUGUAAGCAUCUUGAAAACAAGAAUUCACGUAUUCACAUUUUGCUUAGUAGGUGCACCUUACAUUCAUUGUUGUAAAGUUAUUUCUUAAACUGUGUUUGCAGUUCUGUAUCACCAAGUAUAUUAUUUUGAUAAUGAUAUCUUUGACCAUUAGUCACUUAAUGCUCACAUUUAAUAAAAGUAUUAUUGAAUCCAAUUUGACUACUUCAUUUUUAAAUGAAAUUUCUUUCAAUUUAACAGGCAGAAGCACGGCUUGCAGCCAAACGUGCAGCACGAGCAGAAGCAAGAGAUAUACGCAUGAGAGAAUUGGAACGACAACAGAAAGAGGUAAUGGAGCAGUUAAAUGUAGAACAAAAUUCUGGUAAUCUUAAAUUCAGAACAAUGUAUCAGAGUAAAUAACAUUAACUAAUCGCUUACUUUGACAUUGUUACACAUCUUGAGCAUCACUCUGAAAGCCAGGGUGAUUUUCUUUUCAGUUGGUAGAAUGCCAUUCAGACCUCAAGCUCAGCUUGAAUAUUAAGGUUGUGUUGCACUUGUAAAGGAAAACAUAAGAUGUUGUAUAUGUGUCAGUGCCCAGUGAGCAUGAAAUUUGGUGUCUGAGUGCUACUUGGGUUUAUACAAAGAAAGGUUUUCAAUGGAUUAGGAAUAUCGGCAACUAUUGCCUAGGAGUUGGAAAACAUGACACAUAAACCAGACUUGCAAAAGCAGCUAGGAUCAUCUUUCAAAAAAAUAGGAUUGUAUUUCUGUCAAAACUGAAACAAUGUUGAGUCUCUUAAGAAGAAGAGUUUGGAUUUGAUAUCCCGCCUUUCACUCCCCUUCAGGAGUCUCAAAGCGGCUAACAUUCUCCUUUCCCUUCCUCCCCCACAACAAACACUCUGUGAGGUGAGUGGGGCUGAGAGACUUCAAAGAAGUGUGACUGGCCCAAGGUCACCCAGCAGCUGCAUGUGGAGGAGCGGAGACGCGAACCCGGUUCCCCAGAUUAUGAGACUACCGCUCUUAACCACCACACCACACUGGCUCUUAAGUUCUUGGGAGUUAUGCUGUUGCAAAAUAGCAAGAAAAGUGGCAAAGUCAAGCUGCUUUGAAUCCAAAUUUUCCAUGAGCAGAAGACUGUUCAGGCUCCUCUUCCCCCAUUUUGUAGGCUGGGGCCUAGGAUGUGAUACAGUACUGCAGUGGGCAUAUGGAAUCAGCGAAAUUCAGGCAGAGGCAUUCCUUCAUUUUGGCCAAGUUUUCACCAUACAGCCAUCUGCCAUAUAUCUGACUUCAUUAUACUGUGGGAAAUUAAAGAGUUCUGCUUUAGGUUUAAGAAUCUUUACAUUUCAGAAUAAAAUUUGUUAUAUGUUAUAAUUAUCAGCCAUGCGGCUUAACUUAUAUUUGCCAGUUUUCCAGGGAAAAGGGAGUGUGGCCAUCAACUGCAAUUUUUGUUUUUGGUUUGGUUUUGGCUAACUUCUACAGUUGUCUAUAUUUGUUCCUGCCUCAGAUGAUUUUAAAAUAUCUUUAUACUUCUGUAUUCAGCACUGUAUCAUGGUAUAUGCUUAGAGUGAGGCCAAAUUUCUUCAGAUAAAUUGCAAAAUGUAUUCUUAGUGAAUGAAAGUGACUCUGUUUGAGUAACGGAUAGUGAACAGUUUUACCGUAUUUUUCGCUCUAUAGGACGCACUUUUUCUCCUUCAAAAAUGAAGGGGAAAUGUGUGUGCGUCCUAUGGGGCGAAUGCAGGCUUUCGCUGAAGCCUGGAGAGCGAGAGGCGUCUGUGCGCACCGACCCUUCUCGCUCUCCAGGCUUCAGGAAGCUAUCCGCAAGCCUUGCGAGCCCGGCGGGAGUUCCCGCAGGCUCACAAGGCUUGCGGGUGGCAGCCUGCAGCUCGAAGCAUGGGGCGCCCUCCGGAGGACGCCCCAUGCUUCGCGCAGGUGUCCGCAAGCCUUGCGCGCCGGGGGGGAGUUCCCGUGGGCUCACAAGGCUUGCGGGCGGCAACCUCGCCUUCGCUCCCGGACCCCCAGCCCCGAGGCUAAAAACGAAGCCAGGACAGCGAGCGGGAUCCAUCCUGCUCGCUGUCCUGGCUUCUUUGCUCUUUGGGGCUCGUGGGGGGGGGGAUUUUUUUUUUCUUUAUUUCCCCCCCCCCCAUAAGUGCGUCCUAUGGGCUGGUGCGUUCUAUAAGGCGAAAAAUACGGUAAUUUCAGUUAUAAUUUGGCAGAAUGGGGAAACCUGCACACAUAUGCAAAAAGCUUGGCCCUAAACAUUUUGACUGUCUUCAACUUGAAAAACAUAAUGUAAAAUGAUUUCAAACGGAACUUUUAUUGCAACAGAUAAUUUUCAGUAAAUCUAAUGUGAUUUAUAGAGAAAGGUCUCUACUUAUAACACUUGUUGGAAGAGGAGUGUAUUCAGUAGACACCAAAAAGACAAUAGAGUCCUCGGUUGGAAAUACUUUUGUGUAAUGAGCUUUCAGAACUUGAGUGAAGAAACGUGUGAAGUGUAGGCAGUGUUUCUUUAGAUAAUUGAUUACAGUACAAUUAAUUACAUCGCUGAUUUUAAAUAAUUUUGGGUGAAAAUGGUGACUGUUCUACCAUCACAUUUAGAUAAAGAAUCUGCAAAAAUGACCAUGGGUAGAAUAAAAGUUAGGCCCUGAUUAAGUGCUUCUUUGGUGGUUUUAAGCUCUAUUCUAUUCUACAGUCAUACCUCUAGUUGCAUUCGCUUCAUGUUGUGGAUUUUCGGGUUGCGAACGCGGCAAACCCGGAAGUGUAUACUUCCGGGUUUCACCACGCAUGCACAGAAGUGUUCUGCGUGCUUCGCACAUGUGCAGAAGCACUCUAUUGUGCUCCACACUUGCGCAGAAGCAGCACUCUAGUUGCGGACUUUUUGGGGUGCAAAUGGCACCCCGGAAUAGAUCGUGUCCACAACUAGAGGUACCACUGUAUUCUAUUCCACUUGAUUGUAAGUAGAACCUGUAAGCAUUCUAUAAAAAACAACAACUUAACAAUGUCAGUAAAAGACAAAUGCAAAAAACAGGUAUUUUUAAAAAUCCAAAAUAUAAAACACAUCUAGAUGGAUCAUUUCUAAUGUAUUUGACAAGAAAUUCAGUCAUACUGCCUUUGGCUUUUCCUGAUGUGCAUUUAAAUAGAAGUAAUAUUAGUUUGUGAAUAGUACUUGAUAUAGCUGUAGAGGUGAAAUGAUAAAAUGCAACACAAGUUUUAAAGAGAGCAUUUCCAUAUUUGAAUGUUGAUUACACUUUAUUUUUUUAAAGCAAACACUUUGGGAGAGCAAAUUUUCUUUUUGGAAAUUGUUUAUUCUUGCGAAGAAAUAAGAUGAUCUUUACCUUUUUGUAGCUUUCUCGACGUUCUUAUGAUAGAAAAUGGGGACAUAUCCAAAGGUGGAUGGUAGGCCAGGAUUGCCUGUUGUGUGGUAUUUUGCACUUGGAAAACUAACAUGAUUGGUGUGUUUAUUUACUAAUAUUUUGUACAAUGUGUGAAAUUCAAGUAUCAAAAUGACGUGUCUCCCAACUGUGGGAUUUACAAAUAUUUAACUUUGGCUUGGUUGUGUUCUUAGUUAUUUUUAUCAUUCCAGUACUGAAUAAGUGGAAACCUAAGGGGAAUAACUUCAUAUCACUAAUAACACUGUCUAUUUUAUAUGAAUUAAUACAAGACAAUGAGGUCCCAACAUUUCCUUGGCCUUUCUUCAUUUGAGGAUUCUUCCCAAAAUUUAUCAAUAAGUAAAGGUAAAGGGACCCUUGACCAUUAGGUCCAGUCGUGGUCGACUCUGGGGUUGCGGUGCUCAUCUUGCUUUAUUGACUGAGGGAGCCAACGUACAGCUUCCGGGUCAUGUGGCCAGCAUGACUAAGCCACUUCUGGCAAACCAGAGCAGCGCACGGAAACGCCAUUUACCUUUCCGCCGGAGUGGUACCUAUUUAUCUACUUGCAUUUUUACGUGCUUUCGAACUGCUAGGUUGGCAGGAGCAGGGACCGAGCCAUGGGGCUCACCCCGUUGCGGGGAUUCGAACCACCGACCUUCUGAUCAGCUAGUCCUAGGCUCUGUGGUUUAGACCACAGUGCCGCCCACGUCCCUUUAUCAAUAAGUAGAAUCAUAGAAUUGUAGAGCUGGAAGGGACCACAAAGGCCAACUAGUCCAAGCCUCUGCAAUGCAAGAAUCUUUUUGCCUAACAUGGGGCUCAAAACCAUGGCCCUGAGAUUAAGAGUCUCAUGCUCUACCGACUGAGCUAAACACAUUUUCUCAGUACCUGAAAUACACAAUCCAUUCGUCUGGAUAUUAUGGGCUAGAUCCAAAGAUUGUGCAGGCCAAAGACCUUUUGUGCAAAAAAAUCCUCUCUGUCCUGCACUCAGUGUCCCUCACCCUAAACAGUCUUUCUUGGGGGUUGGGAACUCUCCUGAACAAGUAUGGGCAUAGAUAAGCUUUCCCCUUACUAUCACUCUCAAUUCAUAUUGUUUUCCAAAUUGUACCGUGUUGCAUUUUGAAGUUCUAACUGUAGGAUAUUUUCUCCAUGUAGAUGGCAGGUAUCUGUCAGUAUAGGUGACUAUUGCACACCAGCAAUUAAGACUAUCAUGCAAGUUGGAUUAAAUCACUUUAUGGAUAAAUCAGUUGGAUUACUUGGUUUUUAAAUAGCUAAAAAUGGGGUUGAGAAUUGGACAACAAAUCUUUAUUAAAAAAAUAUUAAAACCGGUGCUUACACAAAUGGGAAACAUACUCUUAAAUAAUAUUUCCAUUCUCUUAGAACAGAUCUUUCCAAACUUUUUAUGUUGGUGACACACUUUUUAUACAUGCAUCAUUUCAUGACGCAGUAAUUCAGUUUUACUAGCAAACUGAAGGUUAAACUAAACCCUUCUUUCCAGCCCUGGGAGGAGUGCAGAAAGCGUUUGUGAGACGUACCUACACACUGCAGCCGACGCACUAACAUGUUGCAACACAGUUUGGAAAGCUCUGUCUUAGAUGAAUACCUCUUCCAAGAUGCCUGCUGUGACUUACAUGUACACAAUCUAUAAACAAAUUAAUAUUUUUGCUUCAGAAAUAUUUACACGCAUGGUUUUCAUAUUUAAAAAAAUCUGGUUGCAACCCUAAUGAUAACUGUUUUGUUACCGAAUUUUAUUGAGUAAUCUGAGAUAUUAGGUGAACUAAUAACACAUUGAAAAUUAGGAUAAGCUGCUAUGAUGUUUACAUGAAAGAAGAAUGGGUGUCUGUCUGAUGUGAACAGUAAAUUAGUACUUUCUGCUGUUUCUGAGUAAUUUUUGUGGAUAAUUCUUUUUAGCUGUGUUCUUUUUGGUCUUCUGUCUUUUUCUCCUUUUCUUAAGUAACAUCAUCUGGUGUUUCCUUUCUUAGGAAGAUUCAGAGAAGGCUAGGGAUUCACACAGGUCCAGCCGGCGGUCAUACCUGGUUUGUACUAACCUAUCAAAUCUGUUUUUCUUCCUUCCUUACUUUUAUCUUUUUUGUUCAUUUUUAAAUGUGGCACUUCAUUUUUAAUUUAAUUUUGUAAUUAGGGUGCUGAUGACUUGGUGUCCACUCGAACUACUGGUAGCCACAGGGUUAGUACUCAUAUUUUGCCUUUGAUCAAGUUCAUAAAACAUUCUUUUAUGCUCAUGCAGAUUGUUUUAUGAUUUCUCAUUUCAACCAAAAUUUUAAUUUUUAUGGAAUUGAUACAGAAUAUUUUAAAGCUGCAAAGAUAACUGGUGGUAUAUUACUAAGUCAUAGUCUGGGUAGACCCAUUGAAAUGGAAGGACUUGAGUUAGUCAUGACUAACAUAAGCCCACUGAUUUCAGUGGAUUCUUUAAUCAAGGUAACUUGCUUUAAAUUAUAUCUGCAUUGGUGCUUACCUGGGUUGCCAUCAUAAUCUCAGCAUUGGGUCUGUAUCCCUAUAGAUUUGUAACACUGGAUGGAAACAGAAACUGAAUCCUCUGGUCAGAAGAACAUUGAAUGCUAGUUUUCUAAGGGUUAGAACAUGAAUGUCAAAGUUGAAUAAAUGUUUCCUUUUUGUCAAUUUAAAAUUAAUAUAGUCAGUGUUAAAUGACUUAGUUAUCAACAGCUAAGGAAAAGAAACUGCACACAUACUUGUCUUUUACAAUUUGGUUCUUAAGAGUACCUCCUUGGAUGCCACUGGGUCACACAGGAGCAGAGCAAGUACUGCCAGGCGAAGAGAUCUUGUGGUGCGUAGUAUUGAUGAGCAUGUUGUGAUUUGUUCACAUAGCACUUUGUGCAUACUGAGGAGGAACACUGGUGGCAAAGGAUGUUAUCUGAUUGUUGCCAGUCGCUUGUGCAGCAGACCUCUGCUGUCACAAACUAAUCUCCCCCUUCCUCGCCUCCCCCUGAAGCCCCCCCAUCUCUUUCAGAGGACCCCAACCUUCCAGCCAACAUGAAGAGGCUGGGAAAUGCAGAGGGGAGGGGAGCAGAGAAGGGAAAAUCCUGGUACAGUGUUGGACGACCCCCCUCAAUAUUUCAGUUUUAAUAAAACAUUUGAACUUAGAAGUUCAAGACAUUUAACUUUAAGUGAGCCCUGGGUGGGGGCAAGAGAAAUGGGAGACAAAAACGUGAGAUGGCUUUAGGCUGGCUGAAACACUUCCAUUUGUACAGGGCAAGACACCCCAAUUUUCAAUUCUUCUACCAAUUGCAGUCCUCCAUGACAUUUCCCAUACUAUUCCAGAGAGCCCUUUGCAAGUAGUAGCAAUUCCACUAGCUUAAAGCCAGUAUUACACAAAACCACAUAUUUUUGUCUAAAUUUCAUCAUAUUUUUGGAGGCCUAUUGCAAAUUGCAUUAUGUAUAGAACAUCUGUAAAAUAGCAGUGUGUGAGGGAGAAUAGAAAUGGGAACACAUCUUUAUCUCUGCCUACUAAUUUUAAUUAUGCUUAAUGGCUUGUAUUUGUGAGAGGUUGUUUUGUUUCAGCUCUUGUGUUUGUGUUCAGACUUGUAUCACUUCUGCCAAUGGCUUUCUGCAUAUCAUUAAAAAGAAUGAAAACUAAUGUCAUCUGUGAUUUCUCUGUUUACACCCUGUGGUGAAUCAUGUAAAUGCAUGUCAAAGCAAAGUUCUGAGCAAUGCAAAAAUAGUAAAAUAAAUAAAUUCAGUAUGUUGCCGUGUUCAAGUCUAAUCUAUAUGCUGUUUCUGCCAAACCAGUUUGUUCAAUUUCCUUUUCUUUUUUCUCAUUGGAUAGAUCAGUGGUUAAUAAAGUUUCAUUUUACAUUGUUUUUGAACUAUCACAUGGUGGUUUAGCAUUGUUUCUGUGGAUACUACUACUCCUUGAUGGUAACUUUCUAAAUCUUUACUCAACAGAGCCAUGCUCAUGGAGACUCUUAUGGUGGGAAGAAGUCUUCUAGCUCUAAUAAAGAUCUUUUGGUUAGUGUUUUCAAUUAGGGAAUUGAUAUAAUUUUACCUCUUCAUGGUUUCUCUAUACAAUAUUCCCCCACAUAUAUUUGGUAUAUUGGUUGUAUAAGGUACUUCAUCUAAGUUAAAAAGAGAUCUUGCUUACGGUACAGACUCUUUCCCAGCAUUAUGCAAUGGAAGCAUGAAAAGUCAGAAGCGACAGGGUGCUUGACCCCAGGAAUGGUAAAGAACUUUACCUACUAGGCUAACUUCUCUCCACCUGGAUUUUUUUUUCUGUUAUCCCUUUUCGAGGUUUUUCUGAAAUGUUUUGAAUUAUUGACCUUCAUGUUGCCCUCAUGAAAGUAAAGUGUUGUUUCUAGUUCUGUAUCUGUUCUCAGUGGGCACAGGAAUCUGUUAAGCCCCCCAGUAAUGAGUGCUUCAGAUUCCAUUGAGGAACAGCCUAUAUAAGGUUAGAUAUUUGAAUUGAAGUAAACAUAUGAAACCACUUAAAUGAAUUAUUGCAACACAGUUUAAAUGUCUGGAUUUCUAGAAAACAUUUGUACACAGUUUGAGAACACUUACGUUUGGAGACUUUUAGGACAAACAAGUUUGUAGACAAUUUGUUUUAUGGAUGAUCACUGAUUAUAAAGCUUGGCUUCUCAUGGAGCAGGCAUAAGUUGCUAUUUAGUCUUGUAAGAACCUUGCAAUAAGUAGUUCUACUUUAAUUCUAAUUAAACGAUGUUUUCAGUACUUCUGGCCACAUUCAUGCAUUGUACUAAACCAUGGUUUAGUGUGAUCAUCAUUGCGGGAGGUCCGGAGGACGGCAACACAAAAAUGGGCCUUUUCUGCUGUAGCUUCCUGUUUAUAGAAUGCUCUUUUCAGAGAAGCUCUCCUGGUCCCUUUAUUACACAUCUUUAGGUGUAAAGCAAAAACAUCCCUCAUCUCCCAAGGCCUUUGGCUAUUUAAACAGUCCAUGGCCUUUUAAACUGUGGGGAGUGAGUACUGUUUUUGCUUGUUACUAUAGUUUGUUUGUUUGCUUUUUUGUUUCUAUAUUGCAAACUGCCCUGUGCUUCUUGGAUGAAGGGCAGUAUAGAAAUUUAAUAAUAAUUAAAAAAAUAAGACAUCCAUGAAGAGGGAGGCAAAUGAAGAGGGAGGCAGUUUUUGACAAGUUCCCAAACCCCUCCAGAACAGAUUUAGGGAGGUAUGGUGGUUGAGCAUUAGGGGAAGGGGAAAUUGCCAGCUUCCCCAUUUUUCUGUCAGAUGCCCAACUUUAGUGGAGGGGACACAAGUGGAUAUCAUUCUAGUCCACUCUUUUAAAAAAGGGAUAAUAAUAGUACAGUCCAAUAUAAACAUUUAGCUGCUUUCAUUUGGUAAAGGCAUCUGGCCCUAAAAACUGUGUACAGUAUGAGGCUCAUUGUGUGACAUAGAGCACGUUGAUAUAUAAACAGCUGCUUGCUCAUCCAAAAUUCAAUAUAUAUUGGUGCUUCAGAGCACCACAACUUAUCAUAUGACUUGAAUACUCCAGUAAAUACCAAUAUUUCUUUACAUGUUUGAGUUUGAAUACUUUUUUCAACUUUGUAAUAUAUUUUUGGCAGAGUGGAUUUUACCAUGACCAACGAAACUACAGCAGCCUUAGGCAUAGCAAACCACUUUCUACCUACCAUCCUCGGGUUUGUGUAACUUAUUUUAUUUUACUAAACAGUCUUAUUUAGACAUGAGUUAUUGCAAUGUUAGCUGCCAUGCUCUAGUCUAACAGAAAAGCGCUGCUUGAUUUUUGGUGUUUGGAUUAACAACUCAAUUUUGAGGACGCAUGUGAUUUCCAAAUCUACUGCUCUCUUUUGUUUUACAUACAUUAUUGCUAUGAGAAUCAAAUUAUGGGUUAGAAGUAAUGCUAGGCGGUUGAUUUCUGGCUUGCGUCCACUAAACCUUUUCUGAUGUAACUGUUUUUAACUAAUGUAUAUGUUGCCACAUUGCAGUUGACAAAUUUUGGAAUUCUGGGUAACCAUUCUAAAGCUAUUUGUGCUGAAAAUUCAUUAAAUUAAAAAGUGGAGACUAAUGGAAUGUUUGGUCUGAUGACAUCCUGCUAGUUUUGAAUUCCCUUUCACUUUGUUUUGUCACUUUAUGAAAAUACUAACAUGCAUUUUAUGGACAAUGUUUCAUUUGUGUGGUAUUAAAUGUAAUACAAUGUCUUAUUUUUGUCACAGUCAUCUUCUCUAUACAGUGAUCCUUUGGCAACAACUAAGAAUUACAGGGUUAGUAGUGUGUGAUAGAAUAGUCUACAUUUAGGAAUUAUAAGGUUCUGUAAAUCUAAAAACAAUGCUCUCCUCUAUAGGUGUCUCCAGAUGUAAACACUGGUUUGAUAAGAAGUGCCAGUUUGGUUCGUAUGCAGAUCUGCAUGGUUGUCUUAAGCUUGCAUUCUGUGGGUACUUUGGCUUGAAAACAUUGUGUGUUCUACUCCAGAAAACAUUAGGUUAAGCAUGCAAGAAUAUUAGGAUGGAGAAUAUCUGAAAAUCAUAUUGAAGGAAGGAAAAGCUUGUGUGCAGUGUAGGUUUUCAAAUCUCAGAUCAUGCCUUUCUGUCAGUGGCAAAUUGUACAGGAUAGUAGUUGUCCUGCAAAUACACAGAGGUCUUAGCCAUGAUCAGUGCAUGUAUACCAGCCAUUUCAGUUCAUUUGGGAUCAUCAAAAAAGUUAACUCUAGACAACCAUCACAUAGACAUCAAUCCUGGACAUUGUAUUAAAAUAAUGUGAAAAUUUGUAUUUUACAAAGUACAAAGCAAAGAGCUCUAUCCACCAAGAAUUUAUUUUAGAAGUUUCAAUGUAUGUUUUGGAAAAACACUAAAAUAUAUUGUGGCUGAAACAGUGAACAAGCCUUCCCUAGUAAUUAUCUGCUGUUAUGUGGAGCAUUUACUAACAUUCUGUCUGCUGUGGAUAAUUGUCAGCAUCAGUCCUGCUUUUGAGCUGAAACUCAAGAUCAGUCAGGUUAAUAUCCUUCACACAGGCCUUUGAGAAACUGCAUGGAUAAGGUCAAAAGACCGAGGACUGUAAAGCUCACCAGGAAGUUUCAGGAUUAAGCAAGUUAACAGUUAGGAAUGCAGGGUAGCCAAAAAAAGAAAAAGGAGAAAAUAGACGGAAAAAUAAGUAUCUUAUGAAAAUAUUAUACAACUAGUAGAAUUGCCAAAGGUUUUUUUUAACUGGACCUCUCCAGUGCCUCUAAAGGAAACCUGUUAUUCAUAAAUGUAAGAAGAGAAGGCUUUCUGGAGAUGAAAAUAAAUGGAAAAUGCUUCAUUUGCUAGAUUUCUGUACCUGGUUGCUGUCAGAGGAGUAGGGAAAGUAAUAAAAAUGUGCAACAUGAGAAACCGGAUGAUGAAGAAAGGAGAGGCGCAAACAACUGGGAAAAAUCUUGUAUGGCCUAAGGUAGUUGACUGGAGUGGGAGUGAAAUGCUGAAAAAUGUAUUUCUGCAAAUCAUUGCCAGAAAACUUGCUUCUGUCAACUUACAUCCACUUGCUCCAUGUGGCUGCAUCCAAACCAUGUGGAGUAUAUUGCUUAAAACAAGCAAUGCCAUUGGUCAUGGAAUUCUGGAGUAUCAAACCUCUGCUGUACUGCCUGCCUUUCUGGAGGCAAGUAGUAAACUGAAGAUAAUAGGAAGGUGUUAGAGAAAAUUAAGCUGCCCUGGUUGUAAUGAGGAAUAUUCCUCUCAUCUAAAGACUAGUACAGGUAACUUUCAACUUAUGCACAUUUAACUUGUGCACAUUUAGCUUUAUGCAUGUGGCAAAAAGUAAAAAUAAAAGGGGCAGAAAGGAGAUAGGCAUCAGGGAAAAAGACUUCGGCAGUCCUAUCUGCCAUUGAACCCAAUGUGUUUUGGCUGUAUGUGCUAUCUCUGGAACCUAACCCCAUGUAAGCUGAGAGUUGCCUGCAGUUGUGAAGGAACCACAGAAGAAAAGAUCAAACCCUAGUGCUAUUUUUCUGUAGCGCAGCAUGAAAUCUACAGUGUUUCUGCUUCUUAAAAAUCAGACAAGCUUCUGGUUAUUGGUAAACUUUGACAUUGCAUGGGAAACAGAUUGCUAGUGCUUGAGCUUGUAUAUUAAAUUCACAAACUUUGUAGAAAAAGCUGCUUUUGGCUGCAGAAUCUUCAGAGGUUUUCAGCAAGUGGAUAGAUGCUUUAGGUAUUUGUGCUGUUUUACAAUGGUGGGUUAGGUUAGAACAAUUGCAUCUCUGAAGGUGGAUUAACUGGAUGAUUUCUUGCUUAAAACUACAACAACCAAUUCCUAUGUUUGCAGCAGUGCUUAGAACUUUAUAGCUUUGGGCUGGCAAGAACCCUUGAAAAAUGGAAGCUGAAAGAAAUAACCUAUUCAAUUGUAUAUGUCAAAGAACAUGGAAAUAUUAUUGCUACCAUAUAGUAAAUAUUCCAAGCAAUAUUUUAAAUGUGCUUGCAGGGUUAGAAUUUAAUAAUAUUAUGCUUCAGAAAAAUACAGUUUUUAGUGAAGGAAGCAUGUGUACUUCUGCUAAUGGUGAUGUUUGUCUGCAUAGCAACAAUGCUUACAGGCCACAUGAAUACUCUUCAUUAUUCUGCAAUACUGUAAAUGCAAACACCAUUUUCUCUGAUCUUUUAGGCAUCGUUAAGUGGUGAUGGAUUCUAUAACCCAUAUAGUUAUCGUACAGUAAGUCUGCAGGGCUUUCUUUUGGUUUUUUACAAAAUACUUUUCUGUGAAGAUAAGUAGCUGAGAAACCAAAUAUUUUCCUUCCCUUUGCAACCUUGUUUUUAGCCUUCAGAAUACAGUUGUUACUCUUCAAGAGCAAGUUCAGCACGAAGUAGUCCAGUGGUGAGAAGUUUUCUGCACACAUUAAAGUUUUUCAACUUUAACUAAUGUUCUUCACUUUAACCAUUUGCGUGAAUCACCUUACUCAUAAAUGCAUGGGUUGUGGAGUUUAAUUGACUUGACGGAAGCAAGAUAUUAAAAGGUUAAUCAGAAAUAUAAGGGCUUUUUUUCUGGCGUCAUUCAGUGAUUUUAUAUUAUUAUUUAGUUCUGUAUAUUAUGUCUUUGAAUGUGGAAUAUGAAAAAUUCAUAUACCUCAGCAGGAUGCCUCUCAGAAUUACCAUAAUGCUAUGGGGGGUCGGGGAGGAAGAGCACAGUUUAAUGUGUUUCAGUACAACUGUUGAAGCCGACACAGCCUACCAUGUCUUCUACCUGUAUCCUCUUAGUUCUUCAGUCUGUUUGCUAGGAGAUCUAUGGUGACCAAAAAGAGCAUUUCAGCCUCUCAGUUAAGCACUGUCCCUUUGUCAGUGUAGGGCAGGAAUAAGAAACUAGAUCCUUCCAGGCCCACUCCUCUGUAGGCCAACUUUGACAUGUGAGUGGGACCACACUUUUGACAUAAUAAUGUCAGGUGAUUGAUGUCAAAAUUUGAAGGGGCUGCUGUACCUGCUGAUCAGACUUGUAGGGAGACAGCCCUUCUGAAGUCUACAGAGGGGGAAAUGCUACUCUUUGCAGAGAAAUGGAUUAAAAGUUUGGCUUAGUGAAUCUGACCCAAUUUUAUUUUCUGGACUGCACUUUGAAGGCCCCAACAACCAGCUGAUAGUUGCUGGUGCAGAACUGUCUUCAGUCACUGACAAACAGCCGAUUGUUGAUGCUUGCAGAAAGCUCGGCUGUACUUUUGAAGCCCUGACAAUCAGCAUGUGCUUGCAAACCCCCCCCCCCUUCUCAUAACUUACAACUGAUGUAAUAUAUGAUGUCAAGUGUAGUACAGGUGGCUGUGGCAUGGCCCAAAUGAGGAGGCCUGGUGGGUCUUAGUAGGCUCAAGGAGCAGUGGUUCCCCAGAGGCCUAGGUGAGAAUAUGGAAAGUGUGCUAGGGCUUCAUAAUCCUUCUAAUGCUUUGGCUUCCCAUUAUAUCUAAUUGGAAUCUAUCGUUGCCUGGAUGCAGCAUCUGUGCAGGGAAUGACCAAAGUGUUUAAUUGUCAACAAUUUACACUACCUAUGACUUUCCACUUUGUCAGGCAGAAGUGAAUCCCUGGGGCCUUCCAGUAUUUUGGUCAUUUUGAAUUGUGUCAAGCUUGAUGAUCUUUGGAGUUCAUGAUUCUGAGAGCUUUAUUAUGACUCCUGCUUUGGAUUUGACACCCAAAAGGCAGAUUACUUAUUUUUAAAAUGUGAAUUAGUUUUAAUCUUUAUGACUUAUUGUACUUAAUUCUUGGUGACUUGGGCCAUAGAAAUAGGGAACAGGAUUAGCAAAACAUGUCCCCAAAUUAACCCUUCCACUUUUUAUUUGUGUUCUAAGCAAAUAUCUUUCAUAUGCCGUAUUCCUAUCAGUGAAAAUAAAAGCAAAUGGAGAUUCUGUGGGCAAAACUUGUGCUUUACCUGAAGAUUGUGUAGUUCAGCUCCCACUGACUGUGAUUCUGCUGGGGCCUAAUGUGUUUGCACAGCGUUGCACUGCUUACUCCCCCUUGGAUCCUUAUGCUACCCUCCACAUGCCUUCCCACUUGUCCCAAAGACAAGCAUUUCGCUAUCAAUAGCGGUGUCCUCAAGGCAGCAUGAAAAUACUAAAAAAAAUUCUCAGCAUGUUGCAUUGGUUUGCACAUUUUUAGUAAGCAUAUGAGUCAUUAACACUGAAUGUUACUUAAUCCAAACAAACGUUUAUCCAACAGUAAGUUAGUUAAUUACUUGUCUUUGAACUUUAUAGUUUACAGAUGAUGAAGCAGGGAGCAUUGCAUCCUCUGAUCGUGCUGUUCGAGGCAGGAGGGAUAGUGCGGUGAGCAGGGCUGUCUGGUUGUGCUUUUUGUUCUGCUUUUAUGAACUCUGUUGCAUGAAGUACCACAGGUCCUAGAGUGAGAUGAGUAGGCUAGGUGUCACUUUUCACGUUGUGUGCUUAUAUCAGCUGGAAGCAGUCACGUUCUGUUUUAUUAUCUCUUAAGGCUGAAUUGCAUGCUGCUGUUUGGGCCAAGGCAUGCCCAAGUCACAGGUGUCAUGGGCCAAAUAGGAAGACUUGGUGGACCUAAUUAGGCCUGUUGGCGGGGGGUUCCCCACCGCUGUUCUAGAACCUGCAGAAUCCUCUUGAACCCAGGCUGGAACCCCAUCUCUGUAAUGGUUUUUAUUUUUUAUUAAAAUUUAUAUACUGUUUAAUUGUUAAACAACAAAAACAAAGCAAAACCCUCAAAGUGGUUUACAAAAACUUAAAGAGGUUUAUUGUGAAAUGACUUUGAGAUAUUUUAUGGGAAGUGAGAUAUGAAUGAAAAUAAUCAUCUUGCAGCUGGCCAAUGUGCUACCCUUCAGAUGCUGUUUAACUAUAAAUCCCACAACCUCAGCCACUGAUGCCUGUGGUCAGGGAUAAUGGGAACUGUAGAUUCACAACAUCUGAGGUUUCACACUAGUUACUCCUGUGUUCCUUUACUUUCCUUCCAUAUCUUAAAGUAAUAAAUUUACCAAGGGAAUAUUUUGGUUAAGAUGCCUUUCUCAGUACUGGAUAAACUGAUUCAAGUUGAAGUAAAAAAUUAUUAAUAUUGACCACUCCUUCACAACCUCCUAUAAACUUCACUAAAGGCAUCAGUUUUACCUUUAUAUAGAGUAUUCCAAAGGGUCAUGAUACAGUGGUGCCCCGCAAGACGAAUGCCUCGCAAGACGGAAAAACCGCUAGACGAAAGGGUUUUCCGUUUUGGAGUUGCUUCGCAGGACGAAUUCCCCUAUGGGCUUGCUUCGCAAGACGAAAAUGUCUUGCGAGUCUAGAGAUUUUUUUUUCGCUUUUCCCCCCCUUUAUCUAAUCUGCUAAGCCUUUAAUAGCCUUUAAUAGCCUUUUAGCAGCUAAUCCCUAAGCCUUUAAGCCUUUAAUAGCCGCUAAACCGCUAAUAGCGCUAAUAGCGCUAAUCCGUCAAUGGGCUUGCUUCGCAAGACGAAAAAACCGCUAGACGAAGACUCUCGCGGAACGGAUUAAUUUCGUCUUGCGAGGCACCACUGUACUUCCUAUAUCAAAAUGAUAUCAUCUAAAAAAUUGAUGGUGUCUGAUACGGCAGUGGCAUUUCCCAUAAUAAUUUGGAACUCUCUUGGUAUACUGAAUAGUUACUCAAUAUACUAUUCCUGUGUAGUGGAAACACAUGAUUCAAAACCUGCAUAUUUUGUAAUGUGUCUUAUAAUUAGUUCUCUAACAAUAGACUUUUUGUACUGAAGGUAAAUGUGUGAGAUAGUCCCUUUUCUUCAGUUUGUCUGCAGUAGCAAAAUCUGAAAAAAUACUGUUCAAGGCACACAUAAGUGUGAUAGUAAAUUCAAACUAAAUUAUUAUUUGUAUGUGUAUGGCUUAAAAAACAUUCAUUGAGCAAGGGUAAAAAGAAUUAUUGUGGGAAGGGAGAUGUAACCUGGAGAGUUGUAUGAAAUAAACAGUGACUAUUAAGGCAUAAGGAGGACAAACACGAUAAAUCAAAACUUUAUUUCCCUAGGCAAUUAAAUGUUUAGUUUAAGGAUAAAAUUUAUAAUCCUGAAUAUCUCAACAUGAAUUGUUUAUAAAUAUCUUGCUGUUGAUUAUACUAACAAAAAACACUAGCUUAAUACUCAGCAGCCUUCUUAAAAUGCAGCUGAAUGUGACAAUGAGAUACCAGCUUUAAAUGUAUUGCUCCAAUGAGAACUAUAUUCUUCUUCCACCCUACGCUUUCAGGCUAGGAAGGUGUUUUGAAGACUAGUAGGCAGGACCAAUAGAUGCUGGAGCAGGUGCAAUGUGAGUUAAUUAGGUUUGUAAUGGCAUAGGUUUGAUGCCCAAGGAAAGGAUAAAAGCAAUUAGGGUGUGUGAGAAAGAAGGCUUAUGACCCUGUCCAGAUUCUGUAAUGAUACCAUUCUCUUUUUAUCCUUUAAAACUCUGAAGCUGAUGAGAUUGAAAAUUAAUUCAUACCUGUGAUAGUACGAUCAAAUUCCAUCAUGUUCUCGUCCCAAAUGUCCUCAGGUUGCCAUCUGCUUGAAACUACAUAAGGAGUUAAUCUCAUGUGAAACAAAUAUAUGUGAAUGCAUGGAGUUGUGAGAAGGUUGGUGAUUGUGAUUAAGCUGUUGUUCAGUGUGAAAUCCCUGGGUUCCACAGAACAGAAUUUGAAAACCACAAGAAUAAAAAUAAAAUAAAAUAUAAAUGUCCUUAAGGUUUUCCCAGUCAGAAAGGAGAGAGAGCUCACUCUUCAAAGGAAAAUCUCAUCUAAAACAAUUUUGGCAAAUAAGGUUAACAUGCCCACAUUUUAUUUCAUGUAUCUGAAAUGUAUUAUUCUAUCAUUUUUCUCUCCAUCUGUUGUGUUUGUCAUCAAAGUCAACUGAUUUUUCUGAUCAUAGUGAAACUGCAGCUGAUUAUUUUAGCCGCUCUAAUCGUAGGGGAAGCAUUGUUUCUGACUUGGAUGAUGUCAGCAUUCCAGACAUGAACAGUGUGAGUGUUUGAUAAUGUGCUGAUGUCAUCACUAUAGGUUUACUAAUGACUGUCCUUUUUCUUUGGGAAACGUAUUAAUAUUCUAGUAAUGCUUGCUGGUUUUAGUAUAAAAUGUUGCUAACAGUGCAGAAUAUUACAUAUAUAAGACUUAUUUAAAAUAUAGAAUCCAACUUGCAUGGUGUUCAUCUUUUAAAAAGAAACCUCCAGCUAACUUGAUUGUGUUGCAGAGUGUUUAACUUUAAUAUCUGUAUACCAAUGUCUAAAUUUGCAUGCAAAACUGUUCUUAAUUGUAGAUUGUCUUAUUUACAUACAUUUCUUGAAACCUUUGUAAAUAGUACUGUAAUUUUUUAAUGGCACUGAAUAUAAUUGUAUAUAUUCAAAUUCCAAUAACAAGUUGUCUGAUGCUAUGUUACAGACAUACAUGAUAUUCAUUACAACCUUAUAAAUGACCGCAUGGUUUAAAAACAACAGCAGAAAUUCAACUGUAGUGUUCAGAGUAUGGUUCCUGCUUGUCAGUUCAUUUGCAUUUGGAUCACAAAAUAUAUCUCUAAAGAGAUUUCUGUAAAUUCAAACUUCUAUGCAACCUGGUUUUCAUUUAUUAUGGUACAUGCGCCUCCCCUUGAUAGGUUUCUGUAGGGAAGAAGGUGCACAACAUUGUAUUUAAUGGACUGAAUCAUAGCCAAAAAUUGAUAAAGGCAUCAGUUCAAGGCUAUGCUUCUCAGGUGUGACUUCAGCUGAGCCUUCCUCUUCCUCUAUACCAACUGCCAUCAAAGGAAGGGGAAGCAGCACUUAGACACCCCUCCGUCAUGCCUAGAUGCAGCUACUGCAGUGAACCCCUACUAUGUACAUGAAGCUAAGUUAUCCUGUUAUGUAUUUAAACUAAUGUUUUCUAAGAUGCCUUAGGAAGGCUUUGCUCUGAAAGGUGUCAUAAAAGUACUUAGAAUGAAUAAAAUAAUAUAUAUAGGGCAAAUGUUGACACAACACUCUGAUAAUUUACUCAAAUGUUUACUCCAUACUUUGGCACUUGAAACUCUGAUUGUUGUUAAUGAAACCUGAUUAGCAUUGAUUGUGGUUGAGCUCAGGGCUUAAUUCCUUAAUGGUGAUUAAGGCUAGGUUGGUAGGGCGAAUUUGUGCAUGAGAAGGGAAGGACUGGAAUGAGAAAGGACAUUCUCUGAUCUGCUUCUGAUCUCAAGAAUCCCGGUUCUUCCUCUUGUUUAUAAACUACCUCUUAAAGGAGCUGGGAGAAGACUGAUGUUGUCUGAGAAAGUGAAAAACCAGAUCCUCUGACUAAUUUAAUCAAGCUGGCAUAGGAAACCAGAUGGUGCAAGAGAACGUCUGCUAGUACCUCCCCCCAAAGAAAAUGACAGACAUAUAUCAGUUAGAUUCAUGAUACCUGCGAUAAAGUGAGAUGAUAAAUCAUUCACCAGUCAUGGCCUAGCAUCUGCUAUUGCUCAUACAUAAUUGUAAAUCCUGGCUAGGAUCAAGAGAGCUUUGUGCACUGUGCUUCUGAUUCUCUUUCACUUUCUCUCUCUCAUCCUUCUCCCCCUCCUUCCCUCCGCCCUCUCCUCCCCUGCUUUUCUGGUAGCAGUUGACAUUCAUGAAAUGGCCACUUCAGUGACAGCUUUUGGGAAAGCAUUGAAGUGGGAGGCUUAAGAGGGCUUGUGUGUGUGUGUGUGUGUGUGUGUGGUCCUUCAGAUCACAGAUGUGGAACAAUGGUUCCCCAAAUGUUACACUGCAGCUCCCAUCAGUCCGCAAGGGCAAUGGUCAGGAAUGAUGGGAGUUGCAGUAUCAUCCCUUCUUAAAUCCUGGUCUGUCUUUGCAUAAAAUAUCCAAGGCAGCUAUAAUAGGUACACUGGCUUUUGGGCAAAUGAUUCAAACUCUUGUGCUAAACGAUGGUUUGCAAAGGCAAAUAUGUUUUCAUUUGUUCAGAAUGUAAUGUAUAUCUAAUUCUGGGAAUUAGCUGCAAAUUUAGUGAUAAGUAUAUACGGAUAAUUUCAUUUUGUUGGUUAUCCUCAGCCAUUCUUUCAGUCAUAAUGACCUCAUCCAGAUGUCCACCACUGUAAAAAGAAAACCCCACUUUCUUUGUAUUUAUUAGACUGACUAUUGCGUAAGCUCACUGGAAAGGUAUUUACAAAAGCCAUAAAUCACAUUCUAAUUCUUUUGGAGAUUUUGUUCCACAACUGAAAGUUUGACUGCAAACGCCAUUUUUAGAGAUGAAGUGACAUUGAGUGGUUGGUUACAAUUGCUAGCUAUUAGUUUGGUUCCCUAUGUUUCCAGCACCUAGGGAUUCAAGAAAUUGGAUAAAUACUUUGAGAUACCGUUAACAUUCUGUUGGCUAUAGAAACUGGAGAUGCAGUCGCUACAGUCAUUCAAAAUGCAUCAUAGCAUGCUAGAUGUGGAGAAAUAGACAUUCCAACCUGACCAGCUCAGCGUUACAAGAAAAUGACAUAUUCUUGCAGCCUGCCAGUAAUACCUGUUAGCCUUGAUAGUUCAGUUAACUUGCGUGAUAGUAUUUGCUGCCCUGGGCUCCUUUAGAAAGCAGAGAAAGAAUGAACUUUUGAUAAUGAUAAUAAAUAUUUGAACAUGUGAAGAAAAUUUGUGGAGCUAAAUCAUAAUGUUUUGCUUCAUAACUUUCUAAGAGGGUUAAAACCUUUUUAAAAACGAAAGCUUAGAGUCAGAGGUCUCUGUUGAGGCUUUUGAUGAAGGCUUUUGCAGGUGCCAUUGUGCCUCUGGGUGCUGCGUUAGCAAUCCCUGAACUAGAGGAUCAUGAAUUAAAACCAUAUGCCACAAAACAGUUUUUCAUAAGUUAUGUUUCCUGUUUAUAAUGCGUACAACAGAUUACAAAUGAAAUAGCAUUGUCUGUAUUGUCUGUCUUGGUGGCAACUGCAAAUAAUGAAAAACUAUUCUCAACCCAUUUACUACUAAACUUUUAUUUUGGAAAGCAGAAAUGGAGAAAAAUGUUCGCAGAUGAGUAAAGCUCAAUGUUUAAAAUAUAUUACUUAGUGAAUUUCCAGUAGUCAAUACACUUCAUUUAAAAAACACACAAGCAUUACUGAAAUUACAUUCAUCAAAUUUACUUUCUGUGCUUGGCUUGACAAAAGGCUAACCUAAGAAGCAACUUGUUGUCAAUAAGGCAUUGUGUUAAUUUGUAGGGCUGAUACUACCUUGUGCAGAGCUGUUGAUUCUGAAGUUUUGUUAAAUGCAAAUGCAAUAUUCAGGUGGAGGAAAAGGAAGAAGGAAACUUUCAUUGUAUAAUACUGUUUCAGCUUUGUGUUGACAUGGAUGAAAAAGGGAUCUCAGUAAUUCAGAUUUCUAAUACAAAGAAAUGGUUCAAAUUUAAUAUUAACACUUUUAUUUUUUUCCAGCUGGAAGAAAAGAGUGACAGGCCAUAUUCUGACUUGUAUACAAGGGUGAGUGUUUAAAGAGAUUUGGACAACUUUAAAACAUAUCAAAGUCUGCAUACUGGUGCCAAUUCAAAAAAGCAUGGUAGGAUAUCGGGAGAUUCUCCAGCUUCUUGUGUGUUGCUGAUUGUCUUCAUUAUACUUUUUCAACUGUUUGUUUGACAGAAUAUGGUGUAGAUCAUCUACUUCAGCUGUGAUCAUUGGGUCUGAUGGGAUUUGCAGUCCAAAAUAUCUAGAGGGCACCAGACUGGAGAAGAUUACAAAUAAUGUUAUGCCAGAUCUAUAACCCAUUUGUCUAAUAAUAAUAUAUAUUAUUUAUACCCCACCCAUCUGGCUGGGUUUCCCCAGCCACUCUGGGUGGCUUCCAACAAAAGUAUCUUGUAAGAAGAUAAUUUUAAAAUAAGUUCUACUCCUGUAAGAGCUGUUUGAUGAAAAAGAAUAUUUGAAUAGACUGAACUACCGUAUUUUUCGCCCUAUAGGACGCACCGUCCCAUAAGGCGCACCUAGUUUUUUGAGGGGGAAAUAAAGGAAACAAUUUUUAUUUUCCCCCCAGGCGUGGGGCUGGGGUGGGGGAAGCCCAAGCUUCCCCAGCCCCCAGAACAGGCAACUCUCCGCAAGCCGCGGGAGCCCAGUGCAGGGCUUCCGCGCCUUGCCGAGAGCAGCGCGAAGUCUGGGCGCGCUGAGCUCAGCACGCCCAGUCUUCGGCACGCAGGCAACUCUCCGCAAGCUGCGGGAGCCCAGCGCGGGCUCCCACGGCUUACGGAGAUCUGCGCAAAGCCUGGAGAGCGAGAGGGGGCGGUGCGCACCGACCCCUCUCGCUCUCCAGGCUUCAGCGAAAGCCUGCAUUCGCCCCAUAGGACGCACACACAUUUCCCCUUCCUUUUUGGAGGGGAAAAAGUGCAUCCUAUGGGGCGAAAAAUGCGGUAUAUGGGGACUUAGAAAAGUUUAUCAAUCUUUUCAAGGAAAUAUAUUACAGUAUUUGGAAGUUUUUAGUACAGGCACCUCCUCGUUUACACAGGGGUUACGUUCCCAUGUACCGCACUUAUACGUGAAAUUGUGUAUAGUGGGGAACGCCAUCUAAAACGCCUGUAAACACCUUCUAAACCUCUGGAAACCCUUGAAAAAACAAACAGCACUUCUCAGACUGGCAUGAAUGGUGGCAGUGAUGGCUCUCAGUCUUCCUCAUCACUGAAGGAUAAUGCAGAAACAACGACAAAGGGGGUAAAUCAGUACCUCAAAGUAUCUGGCUUGCAAUUGCAAGGGCUCUUGGGAUUGCUAGUUGUUUUCCUGCUCUUUUCAUGCCAUUUUUGCAGUUUUCCUCUUUUUGUGCCAUUUUUGCGCCUUUCCAGUUUAAUUUGAUUUAUUUAAUUAUUUCCUGGUGCCACACAUAGACACGGUCAUACGCAACUCAAACGUGCACAAGUGGGGAGACACUUGAAUGUUGAAAUCUGAACUUCAUAGUGUAUUGAGGAAAGAUCUUGAAAUGUAUGGGAGUUUUCAUGCCAUGUUUUUCUUUCUUUAGCCAGCGUCUCGCAAUUCAGCGACUCCUUUGAGUGGAAACUCAUCUAGACGAGGAAGUGGAGAUACUAGCAGUCUAGUGGAUCCUGAUACCUCCUUAAGUGAAUUGCGGGUGAGCAGACUUUCAUUGGCUAAAAAUAAAAGGUUAUCCUCCUUCAUUUGGAGAGGAAGAAAUGGACAUUGAAUAAGACUACAAGACAGAAUCAAAGCACCUUUUAAAAAGCAAUCAGGGGUUUGGGUUUUUAAAUUUUCCUUUGAUUACAAAAUGCUUGCUGCGGGACUGUGUGGGAUAAAAAAUUAAUAACAUACCAGGCACUUUGGUUUAUAUGUAACACUGUGCCAAUGCUGUUUGAAAAAGAAACUAAACUCCGCAGCAGUCUUACUCUUGGUUACAUGGGAAAAGAAGAGGGGGAGGCAAGGAGGAGCACGUCCGGCACAUUGCUCAAGCUUGUGGAGAUUUCAUCUGUGUAAUUAGUGCUAAAUGUAGCAGUUUAGCAUUUAAAACAUCACCUAUUGAUCAGGCUUCUUAUUCUUAACCAUCCCUUAGCAGUCUGUGAAAGAAGUAGGGAAUUAUGUGUACUGUUUAGAACUGGCUGUAAUUGUUUAGCUGUAAAGAUUUUAGUUCAUAUUAAUGGGUAUAUUUUUUUCAGUAUAGUAUCCAAGAUAAGAUUGUGAUGCCUUUUAUAUGUAUGUUUCAAAUUAGAUUGUGUGAUACUUUGAGGGCGUGAAGUUUCAGUAAUAAAACAUUUCAGUUUACAAACAUUAUACAUUAUUUCCCCCCGUUUUUUUAGCUUUAUAGAAAGCACUGAAUUAAAAAUGCACAUAUGUCAGUCAAGUUAGAAAAUUAAGAAUACAGCAGUAAUUUAAUUUGUUCAAGUGAAACACACACUAAUCUAAAUUCCUGGGCUUUAAGCACAGAGUUCAACAGUAAGUUCUUUGCAAUGUUCUUAUGCAAUGGUUCAUUCCUAUGUCCUGCAGGAUAUCUAUGAUCUUAAGGACCAGAUACAAGAUGUAGAAGGGAGAUACAUGCAGGGACUUAAAGAACUAAAGGUAUAGCAGGGUUUCUCCCAAGCAUGCAUUCUCUAUGGUAAUAUGUCAGCAAUUAAGUUUUUGCCAGUUUCACUAACAGAGCUUUACUAACACCUCACUUUUUAAAAGUUCUUGCCUAACAUACCAACUAAAAAUUGGUUCAUAUUUUAAUAUAUAUAUAUCUGCCAAUGAAUUUUUUCCUUAUGUUUAAGUGCUUAAUGUGUUAUGUGAAAAGGCAGUGAACUUUCCGUUCCACUGAAGUAAAUAAUAUAGGAAGUUUAGCAGAUGCUUUUGUAUUAUUUGCAGAUCCUUUUUUUUCCUUUUAAUUAGCAACUGGAUAUUACCAAUAGUAUGAUUAGGGAUGGGGGGCACAGCUGAGUUUCAAAAUAAUAAUAUUGGACCAGAAAUUUAUUCCAAGAAAUAAUUAAACUCCCACUUUCAUAGACUGUAAAAACAUGUAAAAGUACGAUUUAUUGUUUUAUUUUUUGGCAUGCUAAAAACAAACACAGAAAACUUUGGUAUGAUCCACUGAGACACAUAUAAUCUAUAUAUCUUUUUGCCUCACGUGGAUUACCAGCUUGGAUUAAAAAUUACAGAGGCAACUCCUAUUCAAACAGUUAUAGAGACUCCUCUCAGUCAUGGAAUUCCUUUUCACUAGAAAACAUACAAAGGUCAAACCUAAGUGUCUUCUUAGAAUGCUUACUAUACUUCCAAAGAAUUUUUGGUAACCUAGCCAAUUAGCUCAGGUUAAAGAUAUUUCUACAAGCUGGUAUAAAAUGGGAGCCCUUUCCCUGGUUCUGUGAAUCUUAACAACUACUUUGUGUAAAAAUCUGUUUUCCAUUUUAACCUAAUCAUCCCAGUUACCACUUUAGACAUGGGAACCUCUCUACUGCAGGAGCUGCUGCAUGGCUUGAUAAUAAAUGGCAACAUUUACAUAUCACAAUUUUAUCAUGAACUUUUUUUCCCUAGCAGGAGCAACAAACCAUAAAUCCUGACUUAGCAUUACAUCUGAACCAAGAGCUGUAGUUUAGGUCAAAACAUACCAUGAUGUAAAGCCAGGAUUUGUCCUUGGCUAACUGUUUGUGGUGUGUUUAGGCAAAACAAACCUAUAGUCUCCCAUUUCACCCAUUUGGAUGUAACACUGAGCCAGGCAUCAUGGCUUGUUGUUCCUAUAUGCACUAGGGGAAUAGCAAAGUGGAAGUGAUUUCUGCAUUCACAACAAACCAUUAAUUGUGGUUUACUGUGAUGUGCAAAGUGAACCAUUGUGGAAACUUCAACCAAAAGGUGCAGGUAACUGGAGAUUUUGCCUAUAAUAUAAAUCCUAUUGCAGCUUAAGGUUUUUCAUUAUCUCUCAUGCAGAAUAACUGAUAGUUCAAUGGUUGGGUUCCAAAGAGCUAGCAUAUCCACUUGUUUGCUUUUAUCUUUUAAUCUUGGUGAGAUAAUUAUCUUCUUUUACACCUUACCCUUGUCUGUACUAGCUUCAUUGUAUGGUGCUAUAUAAAGCAUGUCUGUAAAAAGCAAUUGUAACUAUAUUCAUCUGUAAGGGGGAAAACCCUGAAAAUGUAGUUGGCAAUACCUUUAUUAGGACCAACCAAAAAGUCACAAAAUUGUAGCAAGCUUCUGAAAAACCCACCAUAAUUAGAUUGCAAUAUUGGAACCGAAACUAUAAAUCGACCACCUUGGUAUAAAAAGUAGUAUCAGUUUUGAGACAUUUUGGUUGAUCCUCAUAAAUGCAUUGACUAGUUAUGUGUUUUGAAAUAAAUUAUGACACUGAUUUGCCAACUCAGGCAAGUCCAUUCCACUGUAUUUUUGCAAGUUUUUCUAUCUUAGUCGCCUCCCACCUGCAUUCUUCUCUUGCCUUCCCAUCUACUUUUUAGCUAAUCACACGUAAAAAUAUGUCAUCCCUGAAUAGAUACACCCAUUAAAUAAUUAUAGCGUGUACACACCUUGCAAAAGAGGAAAGUUCAGAGAACUAACAUGAUGCUUUUAGCCAUAAUUGUUCAUGCUUUCCCACACUGUCUGCUUGUCUGUUUAGAGCAGAAAUGCUUUGGGGCAGGGCUUGUCCUAUUCUGCAUUUCAUUUGGCACUUUUGUAGAAUUUGGUUUUGAAGUGAAGGCAAUAUUGCAAUGCACCACAAUAUAGUUUAAUGUUCUGUACUUCACAGGAAAGCAUGCAUGUAAAAAUAAAAUAAUUGUAUGUUUUAGAAGGAAAUACCAUCUUCAAAAAUUGACUGAUUUAUAAGUCUAGUUCCCUGAGUGUAUGCUAGUAUUCCCCCCUCCCCAUUUUUUUGGAGAGUGAAUAUUGACAUGAACUGAUUAUAUUGAGACUGCUUUAAAGCUGACAUGAAUUGCCUUUUUUGGAUCUUACAAUAUUUCAUACAAAGGUACAAGUGAAGAUCCAGUGUAGUGUAAUUGUGCUUCUCCAUUCUCUCCUUCCUCCAACACCUCAUGUGCCCCCAAAAUCUGCCCCAGUGGAUUGGGAACCCUCAAGCAGAUCUGGGUCUGCAGGGGCUAGAUGCAAGAAAUGACCAGUUUCAUUUCACUAGAUGGGCUUAAUUUUGCUUCACCCAUAAAUUACAUUGUUAAUGCCUUAAAAACUUCUUAUUUAUAGUAAGAUGACCAGUGAGACCUGUAGCAUAAUGUUGAAGUGCAAACUCAACCCCCCGAGCGGGUUGCUCCUGUUCAGGGCUCCAACCACCCUGCAAAAGGAGCCCUGUAAUGCUGUUUAGGCCUCAGGGUUGUAAAUAAUGCCUCCCUGCCCCCAAAUGCUGUUAGCCCCAAACCCACGUAUUUUAUAGCAAUGUAGCAGGAAAGAUACAGCUCUGAAGCUAGGAAAAGCUUAACUCCCAAUCUCCUCCUCCAAGAUACUACAUGCUAUCUGGGACUUGAGUAGAUCUGCUCCUGCUUUUUUCUCCAGUCUCCAUUUUCCCUUUGGAGGGAGUUGUUGCAGGUUGUCUGUCAAAAUGCUUGAGUUUGUUUGCCUGAUGUGUCAUCUUUUGACGUUACUCCUCCUUACCCUCUUCACUGCCAUCAACGCUGUAAAUUCACAGGUUCCUGACAGGUAGUUUAGAGGUGGUUGUUUAAAUACUAUUGUCUUUUAAUUUACAAAUUUAUGUACUUCCGUGUACUAGGUCGUCCAAAGUAUGUAGCAGCAACUCUUUUUUGAAAAAAAGUUACCCUGUUUCAUCUCCAAACUGAUAGCAGACUGGUUGAAUGGCUUAUUUAGAGGGGACUGUAACUUUUCAUGUGGACAGGGAAAGUGUAGAAAAACAUCUGCAAAUAACGUUUCCUAACGGUAAAGCUCUGAUAAUAUUGAAUGUUCACUUACUUGGUUAAAUAGCUGAAGUCUUACUUAACUGGUACAUCUAGUAUUAGAAAUACACUAUAGUGUCCUUAGUUAUCUGUGAACGGAAGUUUGGUUUUGUGAGGUCUGUGUAAUCUGAACUAAAGUGAAGCUGAGACUUUAGCCCAUAAAGGUUUACGCCCAAGUGCAUUGGUUAGUCUAAAGUGCCACAAGACUUUUUUUGUUUUCCUGAGCAGAUUAACACACUACCUCUCUGUAAAUGCUUUUCUUUAGGCUUUCAUAUGUUAAAAAAAUAGUUGCUUGGGUUACUGGCAUUCUGCUAGAAGAAUAAGAGAAAAAUAAGAUAUGUGAUUAACAUUUUUCUAUAGGUCCCUAUUUAUUUGACUUCUGCAGAUUUAUUAUUGGGUUUUAUUAAAGACAGUAAAGUCAGUGGAAUAUGAAACAAAAGUCUGUUUGCUACUUUAGCAAAAUUGUAUUAUGUAUUUCUAAUGUUUAGUACGAUGAGUAAAAUUAAGUUUAAUAAGGUCUUACAUUAUGUAUCUAGGAGUCACUUGCUGAAGUUGAAGAGAAAUUUAAAAAAGCAAUGGUUUCUAAUGCCCAACUGGAUAAUGAGAAAAAUAACUUAAUCUAUCAAGUGGAUACUCUAAAGGAUGUCAUUGAGGAAAGAGAGGAGCAGUUAGCAGAGUAUUACAGAGAAAAUGAAGAUAAGACAAAGGUAUUUGUAUUUUCUGUAUUAUUACUAAUAAAGACUUUGCAUUAUUAGCUAGAUAUUAAGAAGCUUAAGUGUGUGUUUCUGCAUGCCUGUAAUUUGUUAAACAACUUGGUCUCUGUAAUUUUAAUGAAGAUGAAAACUUUACAAGGUUAAUUUUGUUGAUGGGCUCACAAGUAGGAAAAUGUAUUGAUUAAGACCAUUGAAUGUUUUUCUGCAACUUACAAAUAGAUUGGUUUGCAUUCAACCAUUUUCAGGCUUAUUUAUGCAAUUACCUAUCCUGGGGCAAUCCAGGUCAUUGCUUGUUUAAUCUUAGAUUAGUUACUUUCCAUCCCUUUGAACUAUCAGCAGUCUGUCCUCUUUUAAACUAAUUGGCAACACCGUCCAAGUUUUCAGAAUGAGAGGUUCUUUUCAAACGGCAGCAACCAGUUGUCUGCAAAGUUGAAAGCUGCUCUGGUCCUUAGCUGCAAGCAAAGGCUUAAGGCACUAGUAACUGCAUCAGUAAAGAGGUUUACUUGCAGCUACGUGCAGAACUUGAUUAUCAUGCUUUCUUCAAACUUCCCUAACCAGAUACCCACCAAAUGUUUUAGACUAGAUGGGAGCUGUGUUCCAAAACAUCCUGAGGGCAACAGGUUGGUGAAGACUUCACAGGCUCACUAGAGCAUCUUUUUGAGGAGGCAUCCAAGCCAUUUUGUUUAGUGGGGUGGUCUUGAAUGUAGAGGCGACUGAGGUGGACUGAGAUCUGCCAGUAAACCAUCUAGCUCCUGCAAGUUAUUAGGCUCCCAGUUAAGGGUAGGCAUAAGUUGUACUGGUCAGUUAUCUUGACUGUGCACUGCUUUUGCUUUGGUCAGGAAGCAUAAUGGAGAACGCCUGUGGACAGAGCUGUAGGCAAGUUGCUUCCUUGUUUCCUCUUAAGACUUGGAAUUUAGAAAAUCAUGAUGCUCUGGCUUCAAAAAGGAUUAUACAAAUGCCAGGCAGAGGUUAAUGGCUAUUAACUAUAAUAAUUCAAAAUGAAACCUCUACAUUGAUAAUCGAUCUGUCUCAUUACUGGGAACAAGUAAGUAAUAGGGUCACACAUGUCCUAUUUGUGGUUUUCCAAAGAGAUCUGGCUGGCCACUGUGGGACCUACAUGAGCCUUAAACUGAGCCAGAAGGGCACCACUUAAGUUCUUAAGCUUGGGAUCGUUCUGCUGCAAAAGAUUCUGAGUGUGUGCUCUUUCUUUAUAAAUUCUGGAUCCGGAGCAUUCACCAAUAAUAAAUAAAUUUAAAAAUAGCCCACCUAUUUCAGGAGUCAGCCCACCCCUUAAGAGAGUAGUGUUGGAGAACAGACAGAGCAGCUAAAACAAAUCUAUACUCAUAUAAGCUAAUUCCAUUUUUGUGAAUCAGCCCAAUUAAAUAGCAAAUAAUUAUACUAUUAAUGUUCCUAUCAUGCUUAUUUCAUUAACUAAUCUAUAAUAUGCUUGGACUUUAAUUUUCAGCUGCUUAAUUUAUAUUUCCUUAAUACAGGAGUUGGAAAGGCAGAAACAUAUGUGCACCGUUCUGCAGCAUAAGAUGGAUGAACUUAAAGAGGGUCUUCGCCAGAGAGAUGAACUAAUAGAGGUACAUGUUCAUACUUGGCAAAUAACUUGCAUUCAAGAUAAAAUCUGCUUUUUCUGUUGUCUAAAAUGCUUUCAUUCGGGAAAGACUGCAGCAUGUGCUGUUUCUGGCACUUGGGUGCCAGUUUAUAAAGAGCUAGAGCAGUGUGCUGGGAUCAAAAGAAGUCAUGACACCAUCAGACAAAAAGCAAUGUGUCACGUGUUCCCUGUUUGGGAGCACAUAUUCAGAGUCUGGCUCAUCAAUGACUUUUGUCAAUGAGCUUUUCAGCCCUACGAGUUGGUACUGUCCAUCCAUUGCUUAAACAGUAUUUUUGUUUAGGUAUGCUAUGCUGUUAUGAACUUGGUAGCAAAUAUAGUUUUAGCAUUUAAGCAGAAGUCCUUUCACAGUAAUAUGUUUGAGUAAAAUUAACUUUGGUUUGUUGGGCUUAGUAGUCGCUUUAAAGCUGAAUGGCAACAUAGAUUUAUGCCUAAGCUUGUGGUUCCAAUGCAAUCAAUGUCAGUUGUACAGUGUACUUCGAUGUAAUAUAGAUCUUAUCCUAAAGCUAUUCACAGUUUUAUUUAACAAAGGGGAGAGAACCUCUUAGCCAAACCUUUAUUCACAAAACCUUCAUCUUCUGUGUUUCAUUGACUGCCUUACUGACUUCCUCGUAUCUCCUUGUAAUUUCCUUUACUUGUCUUUUCCCUUCUUUUAUUCUUUCCCCUGUGUUUACUGCAGGAGAACCAACGCAUGCAACAGAGAAUAGAAUCUAUAACCAAAGAGGUGUUUGACCUCCAGGAAACAGUUAAUUGGAAAGAUAAAAAAAUUGGGGUAUGAGAUGAAUACUGAGGUGAAGAGUGAUUAGGAAUAGACUGGUAUAAGUUGGCAGCGGCAUUGUUGAUGGUUCCAGUGUUGAAUUGGGUGUUGCAGAUAGAAGUAUUUCAUACUGAAUAUUUGAGAGUAAAUAAAUACAGCAUGCAGCUUGAACCUAAAACGUCAUGAAUUAGCAGAUUUUGAACAUAAAGAUAAACAUACUCAAGCACUGCAGUGAUUAAAUCCAGUGUUAUAGCUAGAUUCUAGUACAGUUAUUUUGGAUUUGGAUGAUAGGCCUGUUCUAGACCUUUCGUUGCACUGAUUAAAAAUAGAGCUUUGAGGCAGCCUCAAAAGCCUUUACUGUCUAAAUACUUAAGCAUUCAGAUAGGGCAUAAAAACAAUUUUGCUUGGUUGGGCACACACAUACGUAUGUAUUAGUCCAGAAGAAGUUAAAGGUCAUUGAAGUCAAUUGGACUUGUAACUUAAUACCCACUGAUUUCAUUUAAACUGUACGCCAUUCACAUAUGAAUCAUAUAAGAAGGCGUCAUGUAUAGAAAAAGGUGCUGUGCAUCUGCAUGGCUACUCAGUCCUUCCCCUGCCAUCCCUGUGUUGAGCACUUUGGCCUUUCCCUGCAGACAUCCAUGAUGCCCUUCAUGCAAGUAAUAUGCAAAAUGGGUGUAUACGAGUGUGUGGUGUUAGAGAUUCUGAGACUGACACUAUAAAUUUGAAAAGUGUUACAACUUGUUAGUGCAGUAGAACCUUGGUUCUCAAACUUAAUCCGUUCAGGGAGUCUGUUUGACUCCCGAAACCAUUCCAAAACCAAGGCACAGCUUCCGAUUGGCUGCAGGAGUUUCCUGCACUCAAGCGGAAGCCGUAUCGGACAUUUGGCUUUUGGAAAACGUUUGCAAACUGGAACAAUUACUUCCAGGUUUUCGGCAUUCAGGAGCCAAAACAUACAAAUACCAAGGUACGACUGUAGUAUAAAAACUGGCCUAUAGCAUAAUCGAAAGCUGCCAGGGCAUAGAUUUAGAGUCUGUUGGACACUAUUUUCUCUCUAGGAUUGUUUCUAUGGAUCAGAUCUUGCAAACUACCUUUUCCACAUGUGAAAAUAUUUUAAAAUGAGAUUCCAUAAAUAGGAUCCUGUUUGUUAGUAAUCUACUUUGGAUGCAAUCUCCCAAAUUUAUAGGAAAUUCUGCAUUCAAGUAACUGAAAAAAAUCUCUCAUUUGGUUAUUAACUUCUCCUUAUGGUGAGGGAGGGCCUAGUACCCAUUUUUUCCCCUCUAGAGGAUGCUUAACCUCUGAGCAGGCACAAUACAGAGUCACUUCUUUCAUAUAUGAAUAUCUUCCCAUAAAAAGCCCUUGCUCGUUUCCUGUUGAAAAAGUUGUAUUGUAUUGCAGGAAUGGGUAUCCAUGGUCCUUUAGAUGUUCUUGGAUUUCCUCCAUCCUUGUUCACUGAGCAUGCUGUUUAGGCAUCCAGCAAGAGCUGGAGGGCCACAAGUGCCCCAUCUCUAGUGUAACGGAUCAGUACAGCUCACUGUAUCCACCUACAACACAAUUGGCCGUGUUUGUUUACAUAAAAUGUUAUGCUUGAAUAGACUGCAAAAAUUAAACAUGCUUUAUCUCUGAUCUUUCAAAAUCCAAAUGUUUUUGGAACUAUGGGAUUGUUGAACUCAUUCAGCUUGGCUCAAGCACUAGGCAGAAAGCCUAAGGUUACUUUAUUAAAAUAGACAUGAAUUGUAUUUAUAGUUUAGUACAUAACAUGGAAUCGCUGAGAUUUUUUAGCAUUUCCCAGGUCUGUUGUAAUGCCGGGGUGGUGGUGAAUAUUUAUGCCAAGCAUGAACUUCUGUGGCAAACACAGGACUGUGCACGACUUUCUUUUCUCCUUUUUGCCUCACUUUUUGUUCAGCUAAUUAUCUUUUAUUUGCAAGAAAUCUUUCUUACCUAUCGCACAUUCUCUCUCUAUCCUGUUCCUUUCCGCUACCUGCCUGCACCCAGGCCCUAGAGAGACAGAAAGAGUACUUUGACUGCAUUAGGAUUGAGCGGGAUGAGCUCAGAGAUGAGCUGGCUGACCUGAAGGAAACAAUGAAGACAGGAGAGGUACGUUAGCUGUAGCAGCACUUGGCAAUGUCAACUGCUGGAUGAAGCCAUAGUCAGUGUGUUGGAGAGGGACAUAUCAUUACUUCAGCAUGCCCCUUUUCCACUGAAGCUAAAGCAUGAACAGGAGCAGUGGUGCUGCUGCUUCUUGCAGCGUCUACUGAGCAAAGCGUUCACCAGUUAACAGUCUCUAAGAGAAGCUUAUGUUUAUCUUGUUUUUUUUUUUCCAGAAGCAUGGAUUAGUUAUCAUCCCAGAUGGCACUCCAAAUGGCGAUGUCAACCAUGAACCAGUAGUUGGUUCAAUAACCGUUGUAUCGCAAGAAGCUGCUCAAGUCUUGGAAUCCGCAGGAGAAGGACCACUAGGUAAAUUUACAGAGAACCACUUUCUUCAGAAUGUUGACUUUCAUUUUCAAUGUGUAUAGAUAAGAAUCAAGUAGCUUAGGCCCCCUCCCACAUUUAUAAAGAGUUUUACUUGUUUUUGAAUAGAUGGAACUAUUAGUUCUGUGUGAAUUACAUAGUUGCAGCAGUCUUGGAAUCUGUUCAGAGAUGAUAUGGUAUUUAUAGAUGCACUGUAUGUACCUAUAUAGCUUACUAAAACGAUAAAUAAAGCAGUAUCAUGUGGAAAUGAAUGUCAGAAUUCAAAAUGUGUGCAAAAAGCAACAAUUAUACUCCAUUGAAUAUUAGUUCAGUGGACAUUACAGCACUGUGUGCUAGGGUCUAUGUCUUUAAAAAGAGUCAUUGCCAUACUUUCAGCUAUCAUGUGAAAAGUACCAAAUAUGGAAUUGUUAGUUUAGUUGCUAUUCAAUUGUAGUAUGUCCAAUCCUUCAUUCUUGAAAGCAAGUCUCUUAGGUCCAAAUAAGUAUCAUUUUUAAAAAAACUUAAUACACAAUUUUACACUUUUUGAAGUUCUUCUUACUGACCUUGCUGUUUCUUAAUGAAAUUUCAAAUGAAAUUCUGUUCAUCCAAGAGAGUUCUUCCUUUUAACCUUUUUUGUUUUGCUAAGCUUCCAAUGGAAGGAAUUGGAAUUGGAAUUUUCUAACUGAAUUGUUUGUUUCUUUUAGAUGUUAGGCUACGAAAGCUAGCGGGAGAAAAGGAAGAGCUAUUGUCACAGGUAAAGUCUCUCUCCCCUUCCUGCAACCGAAAAGUGAUUGAACGGCUCAGACUCAGACUCUUUUCAGUUUGGGGAAAGUUAUUAAACAGUACCAGACCCUUGCUGUGCUUGAGCAACACUGCUUGCUGCUGAAAAACUUCAUGCUUAAUGUUUCUUGCAGACCUUCAGAGAUUGCAUGUACUUUCAUAGCUUUGCCUCAUGCUCCAAAGAAUAAAUUAAUGUUACAAUCUUAAUGUCAUGAGAACUAUGUACCCCAAACCCUGAGACUUAAACUAGAAAAUAUAUACUUAAGCAAACAACAACCCUGAAAUUAGAAGUGCUUGUAGCAUUUGUCUGUCACUAGGAUUCUCUUUCCACCCCAUUGAAAAACUGUCUCAAUAUUUCCUUGCUGUUGAAUGUUGGUCACUUAAGGUCACUCAUUGCUACUGGUGGAAACCUGUGAUGAUAUUAUUAUUUAAAGAAGUCCACUCUUCACACAUAUCCACAACUAAGUUGCUAUUCUCGUAAAGGUAAAGGGACCCCUGACCAUUAGGUCCAGUCGUGGCCGACUCUGGGGUUGCGGCGCUCAUCUCGCUUUUUUGGCUGUGGGAGCCGGCACACAGCUUCCAGGUCAUGUGGCCAGCAUGACUAAGCCGCUUCUGGUGAACCAGAGCAGCGCACGGAAACGCUGUUUACCUUCCCACCGGAGCGGUACCUAUUUAUCUACUUGCACUUUGACGUGCUUCCGAACUGCUAGGUGGGCAGGAGCAGGGACCGAGCAACAGAAGCUCACCCUAUCACAGGGAUUCGAUCAAACUGCCGACCUUUUGAUCGGCAAGCCCUAGGCUCUGUGGUUUAACCCACAGUGCCACCGACACAUACUGUGCAAUUAUUUUAGGUUAAAAAUAGUUACUAUGAACUGCUUCUGGAAGCAGUAUACGAUGACCAUAAAAAGAAAAAUGGUUGUAAAUGCCAGUAAUACACCUUAUCAAGUAUAAAUAGACAAUAUUGAACUACUCACAGAAUGCUAUAUUUUCAUUUCAGAUUAAAAAAAUGAAAUUACAGUUGGAGGAAGAACGGCAGAAAUCCUCUGGAAAUGAUGGCACAAAUUCUAAUUUAACGGGAUUGGAAAACGGUUCAGAUUUGCAGUUUAUUGAAAUGCAGAGUAUGUAUAUUUUCAUCCUUCAAUUCUGUAUGGCAUUUCUACUUUUGAAGAGUGCACAUGGUAGGAACAUUCAUGCCUGAACGUUUUUCUGUUGCCACUUCCCACAUAAAUAGCAAAAGAUAAAUAUAUAGAAUACAGUAAAAUGCAGUAGAUGGGAGCAUAAGGUGACCUUGGCUUAAAUUCCUGGAAUUUGUUUGAUUAAUCUUCUUGCUUAAGCUGCUACAGAUUUUGAGAAAAUUAAAUGAGAGUAGGAACUCUUAGAUUGUUUGUAGCAUAGUUCAAUCCCUGUUUGUCUUUGUGGUUUCUCUGCAGUUACACCUAUGGGAUCUGCAUGUGUGCAGAGCAGCAUUUCAGAAACAUCUUGAGCAGGGGUAGUCAACCUUUUUAUACCUACCGCCCACUAAUGCAUCUUUCUUGAUGGUCAAAUUUCCUUACUGCCCACCAGUGCUCGAUGGAAGGAGGAUUCAAUUCAGCUUGUGCCAUAGUACCCCCUACCACCCACCUAGAACCCAGAAACACCCACUAGUGGGCGGUAGGGACCAGGUUGACAACCCCUGGUCUAGAGGUUUGCAGAGCUUGUAGUCCCAUGGCUAAAGCAGGGAACCCUGUGUCUCUGCAUUGCUCAAGAGUGGGACCAAGAAUCUCUGCUCAUUUCCCAUGAAAUUUUUGGAUUAUUGUUCAACAAAAUUUGUACAUCACAAAGUGAUGUAGUAGACGGAAGCAAAAGGAGAAAUAUAAACAUAUCUUGUAGAAUAAGGUGAUUAUUCAGUAAUGAAUUACUGAAGUUGAAACCUGCAAGUUGAAUUUCAUCUUCCAAUGGCUUUAAGUCCAUCCUACAUCACACAUUACAUUUUAUCUACAUGUUUGUAAUGUGAAGAUUGCAGUUGGUCAAAUAUGCACACCCUGAACCCACAGAAGUCAGUGAAUUUCCUACAAUGUGUACACACGGUCUGUGUCAUCUUUACAAUGUCUGCUACGUAUACUGUCAUCUGUACCCACCUAUUCAUAUAUAGUAGGUACAGCUCAGUCAGUGAAACAUGAGACUCUUAGGGUCGUGGGUUCAAGCUCCACAGGGAGCAAAAGAGUUCUGUAGUGCAGGUGGUUGGACUAGAUGAGCCUCAUGGUCCCUUCCAAUUCUAUGAAUUGUUGAAUGAAGUAAUCUUUGGACCCUAGUGAAAUUAUACAGUGCUAGGUACUUUUAGUAGAUUUGGAGUGUAAUCUAGCCAUUUGAAUUUGAAAAUGUUUAUUUGUAUUCAAAAUCAUUUCGCCUUAUGUUAGGAAACAUCCCUUUUCAUUUUACUUUAGUGCACACUCCCCACAAUGCACUUGGACCUGAUAUAGUUACUUUAAAUGAGAUAGGGUUUCAAGAGUGAAGAUCUACAGUGGUAGGAAGAAAUAGGUUCAGGAGGUUUAACAGAAGACUACAGUUGAGGGAAUAUUUCAUUUAAGAGCUAGUACCAAUGAGGGCUUCUUGGGUGGCUUUUAACUACAUUUUACUCAGAGCAGACCUAUUGAAAUUGAUGAACACAACUAAGGUGGGUCUACUCUCUCAGUAAAAUUUAUUUUACUACCAUCCCCAUUCAUUCUCUCUGAAAGUAGCAUCCUUUAGCAGGACUUACAACACAUGCUGGAUGAGGUGUGAUUUAGGAAAUAAACUCUCCAGAUUAAUUUCUGCAAAAGGGUAGCCUGUUACAACUUUUCUCAGAUCAGGUCUUAAAGAAAUUGACCCUCAAACUUCCGAAGGACUGCUUAUACCCCACCCACAUCUAAUAUUUUAAAUAUUCUUGAUCAUUAUGUAACCAGUUGAGUAUAUUUUCUAAUCGCCAACCCAUCACUACACUCAGAAUGAAGAGCCCAUUAUCCAGGAAAGCUGUGUUUUAUUUCAAUAAAAUGAUCGGCUAAAACUCUUUAGAUUUUGAGGGAUAAAAAGCCAUAGGAAAUUCACUCCUCAAAGAAGUCUAUUUUAUGUACUGUGUGCUAUCCUUUCAUCAAAUAACAAAUUGUACAGGUACGUUCAACAUUUCCUUUCCUUUUUUAGCCAAAGCAGAAAAAUAUAAUCUUCGCUGACAUUUGAUUUAAAUGUUCAGUUGACAGCCAUUAAAUGCUUCAUUUUCUUGUUUCUAGGAGAUGCCAACAGACAAAUAAGUGAAUUCAAGUUUAAGCUUUCAAAAGCUGAACAAGACAUAACUACUCUGGAACAAAAUGUAGGUACCUUUUUGUUAUACAUAUUUCCUAAACUUUUAUUGAUUCCACAUACAUGUAUUAUGGUCUUGUAUAAUAGACUGCAGAAACUAUGUCCUCCACGUCAUAAUUCAGUAGAGCCAAUGUGACAAAUUAUCCUGAGGGCUUCAUGCUCCUUUAGAGAAUUUGAACCUGAGUUUCAUCCUUUCAGAGGACCAGAUCUAUUAGGUAUAUGAGUUGGUGGGUGUGAACUUUGCAAGAAAAUAGCCACUUGUAUUCUAAGCUAACAAAAUGAAAACACAGCUAUAUAGUGCAUGUGAAAAUUGGUGGGGAACAGGUACACAUUUUAAAAAUAAGGCUUUUACAGCCUUGUAAAAGUGAUGUUUUUAAUGUUUGGUGCUUUUAUAUUUGUGGGAAGCUGCUCAGAGUGGUUGGGACAAGCCUCAUGGAUUGGUGGAGUACAAAUAAUAAAAUUAUGAUUAUAAAAGUGCUUGGUAGAGUUGAGCCUAGUCUCACCGUUCACAUAAAUUCAUUGGUACCCUGUAAGAUUCUUGAAGAUUCCAUUCAGCACAUACUGGCCACAUUCAGACAAUCAUUACCUGAUUUCCUAAGUUUUAUGAUCAAUACCUUGUGAACAAGCCAAGAUAUUAAGCUGUUGGCUUAAUAUUCUGGCAUGUUUGACACAACAGGGAGCCACAGUUUAACUGAAGACUUUCCUGCCUUGUUCACUCGCAUGAAGACGUCAAGCAGGCUUGUUCAAAAGUCGACUGAUGAAGCUGAGACAUGAUAGUUUGAAUACAGCAAUGAGAGUUGGCUGCCUCAAGGAAGGCAGUAAAGGUGACAUGUUUUGUGCCCUUUUAGUGCUACAUAAAGGAAGGUCACAGAUAAAGGGGGCAUUCCUUGUAUACGGGAAAAUGAGUGAAUCAUUGCUUUAAACCUGUUUGGUCUUUUAGGUUGUAAGACUUGAAGGGCAAGUAGUAAGAUAUAAAACUGCUGCUGAGAAUGCAGAAAAAGUAGAAGAUGAACUCAAAGCAGAAAAGAGAAAACUUCAGCGAGAGGUAAUUGUCUCUUUCACACAGUGUGAAAAAGUUCUAAGAAUUUAAAUAUAGGAGGCAAUAACAUUUAAAGAUGGCGGGAGGUUAUUUUUAUAUAAAAGUCUUUAAAAUAUUAUUCCUGUUGACUGUCUAUGGAAACGGGAGUGGUGAGCACGGACAUUGUCAUGUGGGAUUUUUUGGACUGUUAUAUUAAUAAAAAAGUUAGUGGUUACUGAGGAACUAUAUAGAGAGAUCAAUCUUCUGCUGUUGCAGUAUGCUUCCCUAUGUUUAAAAUCAGAAUGUGGUUACUGCAUACUCAUGUACGAUGGCUUGUUAUUAAACAAUAGCCAGGGGGUUCUCUGGUGGAAAAAAUACUAAAGACUGAAAAUCACAACAGAUUACUUCUUUAAACCUGUGUGUGCUCUAAUGAAUUGAGAAAAUGUGUCCCAAUGUUAAUAGAAAAAGUGGUUGUGCUCCCCUUCCCUUCUUAGAGCUUUCCUCUCUACUGGGGUUUGAUGCCAUAAUCAAUCAUAGCUUGGAGAAGUGAGGAGGCAGAUGGAAGGUUCUGCACAUACAUCUAUGCCCCUCUUUGCAGUUAAGAUAUCCUUUCAGGUUCUACAUCAUUGCUUUAGAUCCAGUUUAUCCACCUACCUUUCUUUGGAUUCAAAUUUUGGAUUCAAAUUUAGUCAAACUGGCAGAGUUUGUAGAUGGGUUGUUUUUGAGUAACUACAUGGCCUCUGGACCUUCAUUGUAUAAACAUGUUUUUAAACUGCACCAAAGCUCCACUAAAGUUUUAGUUUUUCCUUUGUUUUUUGAAACUGCAUUGGCUUGAUUUAAAAUUCUUUAGUCCUCUCAAACUGUUGCACUUACAAGGUACUGGCUUUUUCUUUUCAGUUAAGAACAGCAUUGGACAGGAUAGAAGAGAUGGAGAUGACCAACAGCCACUUAGUAAAACGGUUGGAGAAAAUGAAGGCAAACAGAACUGCACUCCUAUCUCAACAAUAG